GUGGUACCAUUAAGCCAGUGAUGUCACGGGUUCCCACUCCUCCUCCUCCUGGGGAGAUGUCAAGUGGACCUGUGGCAGAGAGCUGGUGUUAUACACAGGUCAAAGUUGUGAAGUUUUCUUACAUGUGGACCAUAAACAACUUUAGUUUUUGCCGAGAAGAAAUGGGAGAGGUGUUGAAGAGUUCCACCUUCUCUUCCGGCCCAAAUGAUAAAAUGAAAUGGUGUUUGCGAGUUAAUCCAAAAGGACUCGAUGAUGAAAGCAAAGAUUAUUUGUCACUGUAUUUACUUCUAGUUAGUUGUCCAAAAAGUGAAGUCAGAGCAAAGUUUAAAUUUUCUUUGUUGAAUGCUAAAAGAGAAGAAACAAAAGCAAUGGAAAGCCAAAGAGCAUAUAGAUUUGUCCAAGGCAAAGACUGGGGCUUCAAAAAAUUUAUAAGGAGAGACUUUCUUCUUGAUGAAGCUAAUGGACUCCUACCUGAUGACAAGCUCACCCUGUUUUGUGAGGUAAGUGUUGUCCAAGACUCCGUUAACAUUUCGGGCCAGUCCAACAUGAACAUGCUGAAGGUACCAGAGUGUCAGCUGUCUGAUGACCUAGGAAAUCUCUGGGAGUGUUCACGCUUCACAGACUGCAGCCUCUAUGUGGGAGGGCAAGAGUUCAAAGCCCACAAAUCUAUCCUUGCAGCAAGGUCGCCAGUCUUUAAUGCAAUGUUUGAACAUGAAAUGGAAGAAAGUAAAAAGAACCGUGUUGAUAUUAGUGAUGUGGAUCCAGAUGUCUUUAGGGAAAUGAUGGGCUUCAUUUACACAGGAAAGGCCCCAAACUUGGAGAAGAUGGCAGACAAUUUGUUGGCAGCUGCAGAUAAAUAUGCUCUGGAGCGUUUAAAGGUCAUGUGUGAAGAGGCCUUGUGCAACAGCCUUUCAGUGGAGAAUGUGGCCGACACCCUCAUCCUGGCUGACUUGCACAGUGCCGAGCAGCUCAAAGCACAAGCCAUAGAUUUUAUCAACAGGUGCAGUGUCCUGAGACAGCUGGGCUGUAAAGAUGGAAAGAACUGGAAUAGCAACCAUGCCACAGAUAUAAUGGAGACUGCAGGCUGGAAGUCAAUGAUCCAGUCCCAUCCACACUUGGUAGCUGAAGCCUUCCGUGCCCUGGCUUCAGCUCAGUGUCCACCCUUUGGUCUUCCAAGGAAGCGACUAAAACAGUCCUGACCGCCCGACUUUGCCCCAGGACUAAACUGAAGGGUGUGAAGCAUGGGUUUACAACGAGAGGACUGUUGAGGGUGCCACUCUUAUUUCCACCAAAACUGAACACACUUGAAUAAUGGACAGUGAAGCUUUCAGGCCAGAGAUGUGGGGAGGCUGGCACAUGGAAGGCUGAAUAAAUGGAUAUGGAUAACAGUUGACUCAAUCGGCGUUGCUUGCUCACUUGCUUUGCUGCCUCGGCUGAAUUCUGUUCUGCCAGGCAGCAAGCCAA